AUGAUUAAAUUAUUUUCCCUAAAGCAACAAAAAAAAGAUGAAGAGGGUUCUGCAAGAGCUGGAGGUUCACAAAAAAAGGCAUCCGCAGCACAAUUGCGAAUCACCAAGGAUUUGAAUGAACUGAAUCUGCCUAAAACAUGUAAUACAGAAUUCCCAGAUCCUGAUGAUUUGCUUAAUUUUAAACUAAUAAUAUGCCCUGAUGAAGGAUUCUAUAGAGGAGGACGAUUUGUUUUUAGUUUUAAGGUAGGUCCCAACUACCCUCAUGAACCACCUAAAGUAAAAUGUGAAACAGCAGUUUACCAUCCUAAUAUAGACUUGGAAGGAAAUGUGUGUCUCAAUAUACUGAGGGAAGACUGGAAACCAGUGCUAACAGUGAACUCUAUAGUUUAUGGACUACAAUAUCUGUUUUUGGAACCAAAUCCUGAAGACCCUCUAAAUAAGGAAGCGGCAGAUGAGCUCCAGAGCAACCGAAGAUUGUUCGAACAACACGUGCAGAGAGCUAUGCGUGGCGGUUACGUUGGAGCUUCGUACUUCGAACGGUGUCUCAAG